AUGAAACAGACAGUAUCUGCGAAAGAAUUCAGUUUACGCCGUAUUUGCGAAAAGCAAGGAUUAACCAAAAUUCAACAUAAUCUUCGGCAAGCAUUGAGACGAUAUUCAACAUUACAACGAGCAUUCGAUUUGUCUGUUGAAUACCGUAAAGAAGCACAAGUUCAAUCAAAGAACUGGGAGUCGAUUGCAAAAUCUCUCUUAACUGGCUAUUCAGAUCAGUUAUUCGCAUCGAUGAGAGAACUGAACGGUCGUAGUUAUGUUUUUGUCCGAUAUUGUGGUACGACCGAUGAUGAUAUUGCCGAAAUGGAUUUUAACUCUACCUUAUCAAGAAAAACUUUCAAAAUUCCGCCAGCAUUAAUUCUGGCGCGUGACGUUCGCUAUUCAACAUCAAUUCGUGCCAAAGCUAUUCUUUCGUUUAUCGGCGUCAUCAAACCACAAUGGGCACAGCACGUGAUUACACGUCAGUUUUCAUUGAAUACUGACGAAGAAAAAUGCCUGAACAGCAACAAUAUAUUCACUAAGGCCAAAUCCGAAUUUUCCCACUUAAAUAGCCUAUUAAUGGAUAAUACUGGCAUUCAUUUAGCAGGUCAUGUCGGAACAAUAUUCAAUGCCGAGUUAUAUUUUCGACAACAAAUGAUUCAGGAAUUCCGCUUUAAACUAGAAAAUCAUAGUAAACCUAAUACGAGUGAAUAUGUAAAUCUCGAGCGAAAUCUGGAAUAUGUUAUGUCCCAUCCAAAGAUAUUUUCACCAAUGAUCGUGCGAUGGGAGAAUCAAAAACAAGUUAAAAUUAAAAUCAUUCCGAGUAUGUCGAGCAAAACGUGUGAAGUCGCUGUUAAAGCCAGACCUUCCGAUUAUAAACUUGUUCAAGAAGAAUUUAAUGCCUUUCUCGGAUGGUUAAGAGAUUGUGCAGUUAUUCGACGUCCAGAAUCUGGUGUUUCUCCUCGUCUUCUUCGCGGUAGAGAUCGUAAACAAUAUCGCGAGAUUGAGGAACGAAUAUCACAUAUCACCGAUCCUUGUCGGACAACUAUUGAUCUAUACAAGGGUACAAAAGGCGCGCAAGCCACACGUGAAACACGAAUGGAAGUUGUUGCUCAUAUAGCUGUAUGCAAAUUUAAUUGCCGAGUCGAAGGUGGAUUUGUGCGUGACUGGGUUGUUGGCAAAGUUACGUCUCGGCCAGCUGAUGUUUCGUCUGAUCCGAAAACAUGGAUAGUGAUGAACAAGAUUCCAAGCAUUCGUAAAGAGGUUGUUCCGAGCGAUCUGGACUGUCAUUUACCACCCGACCGAGAUUUUGACGUCGAAAAUUUUCGCGAUGAACUUCAUAAGUAUGGCAUAACUUGUAAGGUCUAUCCACUCAAGUGGCGAUAUAUUUUGUUGAUUGAUGAAGAAGCGAAAACCGGUCCGUUUACAAUGGAUUUAAUUGAACCGCACGUGGUAUUAACGCACGAUCGAAUUGAUUUUGAUGUGAGUAACUUAUCUUUAGAGAAAGGUUACACACGUGAACUAGGUAUGCGUGUUGAUAUUGAGAGAAGGCCAUAUUCAAUCGGACUUGAGGCUAUUGUCGAUAAUAUCACUCACAAGCGUUUUCGAAUUCUUCGUCCAAUCGAUCAUUUUCUUAACGAACGAAUUCAUAAAAUGACCGAAAUACGAGGCUGGAAACAACUCGGAGAUCCAUUUCCAGUUGUUCCAAAUCCGGAUCCAAAAUAUCCAUCGGUUCUUGUUGCAUUACGAGACUCAUCACUACUAUACAAGGAUUUACAGAAGCAACUUACAGGAACAAUUGGAUCAACAACGCAAAUAGUUUCCAUAGAAGAAGUGAAAAAUCCUCUACUAGAGGAUUCAUAUGAAUCAAUGAAAAGUAUCAUCGCAAGACAAUGUCCAAGCUUUGAUCCUAACGAGCGCCACUUAUUCCAUGGAACGAAGGGUCCUGGCAUUGAUGGAAUUCGAGAUUAUGGCUUUGAUGAUCGAUACUACAGUAAAGAAGGAAAUUGGGGUCAUGGUGCAUAUUUUGCUGAUAAUCCAAAAAAAUCGGACAACUACACACAUCCGGAUGCAACGGAUCAAACGCGCGUUAUGUAUUACAGCAAAGUAUUGUUGGGCAUCGAAUCAAAGCAAACUAACGCAAACAAAGAAUUAGUUUCAGCACCCAAAGGAUUUCAUUCAGUUGCAGGAACACUGGGAGGAUAUAAUGAAUAUAUCGUUUAUCGUUUCGGUCAAGCUUUACCGUAUUUGAAAAUUACAUACAAAAGACCUUAG